GAGCAGAGAAGCAUGAAGGGUGACUCUGCCACACAGCGUCUCCCUCUUCAGAGGAGUAUUCAUUCCACUGCAUCUCUCACCCACUCUCUCACUCUCCCCCUCCCUCCCUCUCUCUCUCCUUCUCUCCCUCUUCCUCUCUCCUCUUUCCCUUGUCUGGCACUGCUGGUAUCUCUCCAGUUGUUUCCUACCUUCUUUUUUUCAGAGCCCGAUCUCUACCUCAGUCUCCCCCUUUUUUCUGAAACAGCAUCAUAAUAUCUUCCCUUUUCUCUGUCUUUCACACUUUCUAUCUGAAUAGAGAGGAAUGCAGUAUGUGGCAGGCUGUGGCUUUCUGGCUGUUGAUACUUUCGACUCUGCUAGAGGGUGAGUGACUGUCAUUGAUAUUAGUGGUCUAACAAGUGUGUUUUCUGCAUUUGCUGUGUGUGCUUUGCAUGACAGUGCAUCUGAUCACUUUGUAAUAGCUUCACGUUAGCUUGUUAGGUAGAAAGAGUGAUUGUUAGUGGGUAGAAAAACUUGUCAUGUAUCAAUUUGCUGCAGAUUUUAAAGCUUAAUCUGCUCAAUUAGAUAGAUAGAUAGAUAGAUAGAUAGAUAGAUAGAUAGAUAGAUAGAUAGAUAGAUAGAUAGAUAGAUAGAUAGAUAGAUAGAUAAUUGAAAAGAAAGGGAAGGGUGAUAAUGAGGCUUCAUCUGGGUAAUUUAUUAUGAUUGGACAUGACAGUAGGGGCUAUUAAUCUGAAUUAUACUGACUGUGCAGCCAUAUUGAUGAUAACCAAGGUCUAGUUAGGGAUUAUAGAUCUGACAUUAUACACUCAGAGCAUAAAUCCUAAAGCCUUUUUUGCUUAGUGUAUAUCUCAUAAAAUGGCAUGUAGGGUUAAAAAGCUAUGUCGGCUAAAGAAAAGGCUCGGUGCAGACAUUCAAAGUGUGAAGUCGUUUUUAAACUUGCGCAGGGACCCACAAGUGACUUCUCCGUCUGUGUCAAAGUGAUUGAAUCAGGAGUGAAUCAAAGGAGUUACAGAGCAAAGAAAGACACUUGCCUGCUUUCAUUGUCCUGAGUGCUGUGUGUGUCUGUCAGGGGGUGUUUCUGUGGUUAAUGGCCUCACUUUUUUCCAGCAGAGAAUGAAACUGACAUUUUUACGGUUGUGGAAAGACUCCGUCUGUCUGCUGGUGAUCAAUCAGAGAUGUAAUUGAUUAGCAGGAGCGGGACUCUCUCUCUUCUUCUGCUUCCCUUUCAUACAUUUUCUGUCUGUGUUCUCUUAUCUUGUUCUUUGAAAUCCCCUCUACAAUACGUCUCUGAGCUGCUUCAAAGAUAGUGACCAUAUCUUUGAAACUUCACCUUUUCACAUACUCAUCCUAAAGGGCCACUUUUCAUUCGAACUCCAUCGGAGGAUGUCCACUCUCUCUCUUUCUCAGUCUUUCCUUAUUGUUGACUUACCUGGCCAACAAUUUUGACCUCACUUCUCUGUCAUUGCUACCAAACUGUGCACUUCAGUGAUUUCUUCUUGUCUUUCCUGACACAGCUUUACAUCUGUCACUUUUUGACUUAAUCUAUUCCUCUGAUCCUACUCCCCCAUCUCCCCCAUGUCAUUAUUUCUCCCCUCCUUAGUAUCAGAGCAGGGUCCUCACCAGCGCUUUUUAUUGCGGGAGCUGCUGAGAGACUACAACCCCAUGGAGAGGCCAGUGGCCAAUGAUUCCCAGGCCCUUACUGUUCAGUUCUCCUUCACUCUGAUUCAGGUCAUGGAUGUGGUAUGUAUGGCUGGAAAAAAACACAAUCAGUCAUCCAUAGAGUGGAAAAAAAAGAAGUCUGUUAUCACAUAACACGGCUUCACAUUAGUGAGAGAAUUCUUUGUUCUCAACUCAGAAAUAUGUCCACAUAGAUGUUAAGACUACAGGCAAUGUUGUUUAAGAUAAAUUUCCCAAAACUUAAUAGUUACAGCUUAUGUAGAGGACAAAUGCAGACUCCAGCUAGUGGCUUUAGAUCAACCAAUAUUCAUAUUCAUAGUUUAAUUAGUUUUGAAUUUAUUUCACUUUGAUUUUCUUCUUUUUUUAAAAUCUAAUUUCAGUUUGAAUUAUUCCUUAAUGCUAGGUCAUUUGUUUAGUUUCAGUUUUAUUUUCUGAAAAAGCUUAGCCUAGUUUCAGAGUCCAAGUGUAAUAAAGAUUGUAUGACUUUUAGUGUUACUUGUUUUCUUUAAACACAGGAUACCUAUCAAGGAGAAAACUACCAUGUUAUAAAAGCUUCAAACAUUAUACCAUGUUUUAAAAAUGUGGUCAAACACAUGAUAACAAUAAUAAUAAUACUACUAAUAAUAGUAAUAAUAAUAAUAAUAAUAAUAAUAAUGAUGCAUCAGAUUUUAUAGCACUUUUCACCUGUGACCUCUAAGCGCUUUACAUUGGAUACAUCAUUCAUUCGCUCACACAGUCACACCCUGGUGAUGGUAAACUACCUUGGUAGUCACAGCUGCCCUGGGACUGACUGACAGAAACAUGGCUGCCAAUUUGUGCCUACGGUCUCUCCGACCAACACCACACAACCAUACACCAGUGUCGAUUUGAAAGAGCUCAUCCCAUGGGUUUUAAUGUAUAGAUUGAAGAUUAAAAGUUGUUGGUGUCAUCAAUGUCCCCAUAGGUAGUGGUUUAGGUGUGGUUAGUGGGUGUUGCUUUAACACUCAAUCUGCCAUGCUCACAAAUAUUCAUAAAUCCAGUAACCGCACCACAAUAAAUUCAGAAAGAUGUGGCUUGUUGGGCUGAUGCAUCAUGUCUCGUCUGUGAUCUUAUGUCAGUGAAUGCCAUUUAUGAGGUUUUGUACGUGUUGUGAGUUUUCCUUCAUAAUAUUAAACUUGGUACAAAUUCCCCAACCAAUAAAUCUGUAGAUGUUGGGUUAAAAUAUACACUUUUCCAUAAAUCAUAAAUCAUUUUUUCCUCCUUUGUGUUCUGUGUUCUUCAAGGAUGAAAAGAACCAGAUUAUCACCACCAAUGCCUGGCUGCAGAUGGUGAGUCAAGCUGAUAACUUAAUGAAAGAGAUAUUGAUCCUUGAGAAGUAAAAUCUCAUUUUAUGCACACCGUCUUUUGCAAGAUCAGCUAAAUAGCAAUGCCCCAGAUGAUGGAUUUCAGUUUUAUGAUAAUGGACACCUCUCACAGGGGGAUGUUCAAAGAUCCAGAGCAGGUUUCUCUAUUUUUCUGCUAAUCUUUUUAGAAAAUCCUGAGAAUUCAUCAUACUGUGUUACGCUGUAAAUUUGCAACCUUUACUGCAUAUAACACAGACUUUUGAAAUGUAUGCUUCAUAUGGAGUAAACAAACACAAGCAUUUAUAAAUUACAUUUUGUCCUUAUUAUUGUUCUCAUGCAAAACCAGUGCUGUGCUUGUGUCUCCCAGCACUGGUAUGACCAUUACCUUCAGUGGAACCAGUCUGAGUAUCCUGGUGUCAAGAACCUCCGUUUCACCCCCGAUCAGGUCUGGACACCAGAUAUUUUGCUCUACAACAGGUAAGACUAGCAAAGUGUGCACCCCUAUCCUCUGUUGCCUCUACCUCUGCUGCUCCUAACUCAGUCUCACCCUUGGGAUGCUCUCUUCCAGCGCUCAUGACAAGUUCGAUGCCACCUUUAAGACCAAUGUGCUGGUAAACUCCAGUGGCUUCUGUGAGUAUCUGCCUCCAGGUAUGUUUUUAAAAAUCAGCAUUUUGUCCUCAAAUUCAAACUGUUAUUCAUACUGCCAUUAAUAAAUUUGCCUCUGACUUACUCCAGAUGGCUGCAAAAAAUCGUCAUUUGGCUCCAAGAUGGUUUUCAUAUUUUUGGUGUUAACUUCUCUGUUUCCCCUCCAUGUUUUAAGGAAUAUUUAUCAGCACAUGUAAUGUGGAUGUUAGAUGGUUUCCAUUUGACAUCCAGCGCUGUGAGCUCAAGUUUGGCUCCUGGACCUUUGAUGGUUGGCUGCUGGACAUCCAAAUGAAGGAGGCAGACGUGUCAGGGUACAUGCCCAACGGAGAGUGGGACCUUUUGGGUAAGGACAGCUGUGGAAGCCCUGGGUGACUGAUGGUGUUGCCUUGUUAAGGUCCUUAUAUAACUGCCAUCCGGUGCUGUACCUGACCUAUAAAGAUAAUGUGAUUUAUUUGAUGUGUUUUUAUGGGUGUACAAUCAGGCAGAGUGCUUUUUUACAAAUUGAUGUUAACGAUUUUGAAAAUAGAGUGGCGCUUAAAGUGUGGUACACAUCAUAACCUACGCGUAUCACUCAGUGACAGUAAGGGCAGGGUCCAUCCCCCCCUUAUAACUCUGGAGGGAAUAAGCAAUAAAGUUACUGGAGGGAUGGAUGGAACUUGUUACAGCUGUCGAAUGCAAAGACUACUGAAAGAGUAGUCAGGUUAAAAAUGAGCUGCUCAGCAGUCUAAUCCAUCUCAUUACACAACCAACCAACCCACCAACCAAAGAGCCAAACAAAAGAAAGUCAUAAAUAAAACUUAACAGCACAAUACUAACACAAAAAACACCACCUGAAACCUCCCACCAAGUACAGAAACAACCACUGCUCAUGAUAACAACCGAUAAAUCAUCAACCCUUAAAAAACAUUAACAAUCACACCAUGACUAAGACUUUGGCAACAUCCUACAACUACAAAACAUGAUCAACAUUAUCAACAAGCUGAGAUGGCUCAAUGUUUAUUAAAUUCACAACAACCCAUAAUCACAAUUUUACUCGUGAACAAGACCCCAAGAUACUUGAAAUCCUUUACUUGCGGCAGAGACUUACUCCUUACCCAGACAGAGCAGUUCACCCUUUUCCGGCAGUCAAUCAAUAUUCCAACCCUCAUCUAUGGUCAUGAGCUGUGGGCUGUGACCAUAGACUGUAUAUGGAAUGGCAAAUAUACUGUAUGUAAAGAUAGAGUUUAAGUGAAUUUCUGCAAAAUGUGGGAUUGUGUUUUCUAAGAAAUAACUGGCUAGACAAUAAUUAUGUUUGGGUUAAGAUUUGAAAAAUUAAGUUUGUACAUAAAAGGUCAAGAUAUCACCAUAAAUACUGUUCUCUUUCUGUUUCCCUCAGAGGUUCCUGGAGGUCGUCAUGAAGUCUUCUAUGACUGCUGUGCUGAGCCCUACCCAGAUGUUACCUUCGUGGUGACAUUAAGAAGAAGGACUUUAUUUUAUGCUCUCAAUCUGCUCAUCCCAUGUGUGCUCCUCUCCUCCAUGACCCUGCUGGUCUUUCUGCUCCCUGCCAACUCGGGGGAGAAGAUCAGCUUAGGUGAGGAAUAAUAAGAGAGGAAGGAUGGUGUUACAUUUAAAAAAGGCUGAAUAUGAGAAAAUGGAAACCAAGGGGGUGGUAAAGGUAUCUUUUGCUGCAGUCUAGUGACAGAAUGAUCUUAUUUUACUCCAUUUGUGCUUUCUCUUACAAUCUGAGUAAACAUCACUGGGAAACUUUCAGUCAGCAUUGCAGUGUAUUUGACAAGAGGGAGGAGAUGAAAGAUUGAAAAAGAGAGAGAAAAAACAGAAUGAGGAAAAAGAAAGAUGAGACUGAAAAUUGAAUGAGCUUUCCUCUAUGUGUCACGGAGAUAAACGACUGAGGCGAGGAGUCAAGUGCAACAUACCAAAUAUACUUUUUCACAAAAUGUACUUUCUUCUCUUAUGGAUUCUCUUUUCUUUUUCUCCCACUUCUCCCUGGUGUCCUGUGUCUGCCUGCAGGCAUCACAGUUCUGCUUUCUCUCACUGUCUUCAUGCUGAUGGUUGCAGAGAUUAUGCCCGCUACUUCAGAUUCUGUACCUCUGAUUGGUCAGUUUCUUGCAGUCUUUGCACAUGCGUUUAACUGUAUGGGAGUUGUAAUGGUUUCAGGAGGUUGUAUACAUCAUUCAUGGCAUGCAUAUUAAAUGUGCUUAAUUCCCGUUGGUUUGCAGGUCAGUACUUUGCCAGCACCAUGGUGAUUGUCGGGAUGUCUGUGGUAGCAACAGUCAUUGUCCUUCAGUUUCAUCACCACAGUCCACACAAUGGACAAAUGCCCCGCUGGGUGAGUUAUGAAAAUAACACAUUAUGCGCUGUAUUUUUGAAGCAUUUUUCUCCAAACAAGAGCAAAUUUUAUACUACUUUGCAAGAAAUCAGAACGUUGCAGUAAGUUUCUAAAAACAUUAAAUUCAAUAUAAAACAAGAAAAGGUCAGGUUGAAAUACUGGCUGAAAACAAAAGGAGGAGAAAAUAACAGAAGAGGAACAUUUAACAGGAUUGAUGUGAGAGGCAUUUCGACAGGGGCCAGUGGAUUUUUUUCAGGCAAGUCAUUUCAGACUCUUUAUACAAUAGCCUGAUCCCCAUGGUUGUUAACUGGACUUUGCGAUAGUCAAAAGGUUGCUGAGUGCAAUGUGUGACGCUCAUAAGGAUUUAAUAGUUCAGUAAAUUAGCUCUGUGCCUGCUCAUGCAAAGUUUGCAGUAAAUCAUUUUAAUUCUGUCUUAAAGGAUCAGAUAGACUGACUGUAUAGAGAAGAUUGAGCAGGUCUUAUAUCAUACUAAAGUUCCUGUUAAUGGCCUCAGGGCUGGGGUUUGUAGCCUGCCAUAGAAAUUUUAGUCACAGAUAGAACAUGCAGGGAAAUGAUGUGAAAAUGUGAGAAAAGCUUGUGAGGAUUUCAGUCAAGUACAAGGUCAAAUCUCUCCAGGUUGAUUGAAACAAGAAUAAGCAAGCACUGUGACAUAUUGAUUAAAAUCUUAUCUGGAAUAAAAAGCUAAACAAAGAUUUAAAACUGUGGCCUUACGAAGCACGAUAAAAGUACCAGAAAGUAUUUAAAAAACCUUUUUCUGCUUCUUUACAGCUUAAGAGCUACAAAAGUCUUUGAGAGCCAGUUUUCAAUUACUAACACCUGGUGUUUGAACAUCUGAGUUGGUCCGUCUGCCACUCAAAACACACUUGAACAAACCUUUUCAUUCUCACUCCAAUGUUUUUACAUCUUUUCAGAUUUGUAAUUACCUCCUUUGUUUUAUUUGCCUUCCUCAUAAGUUUGCUGUAAGUUUGGUAACACUUUAUUUGACGCCUAUCUCUGUAUCCCCUAUCUCUCUCUCUAUAUAUAUAAUGUGUUAUAACCAAUUAUAGCACUGUAUAGCUAUAGUUAUAAAUGCUCAUAAAUGACCAUAAUUCUAUAGCAACAAUCAUAAGACAUUAUAAAGCAUUUUAUCAUGACUCACAAGGUCAGGUAUUAUAAUGUGUUAUAACUGUUAACAACAGUUUUUUAUCAUGAUCUUGUAAGUCAUGAUAAAAUGCUUUAUAAUGUGUUAUGAUUUUUGCUAUAAAGCAUUAUGAUCAUUUAUGAGUGUUUAUAACUAUAGUUGUACAGUGCUAUAACAUGAUUAUAACACAUUAUAAAUAUAUUUAUAAUGCGUUAUAGAGAUAGGCGUCAAAUGAAGUGUUACCGUUUUUUAUUUUUAGAUAGUACUAAAUGAUAAAAAAAUCUAUAAUUUUUGAAGUUCUUGUACAUCAUCAGAAGGCCAGUGAAGACCAUAAGCAGUGCUUUUUUAAUGGUCAUUUAUUGUGUGCUUGAUUUGUAAUAAAUGUAAGUAUUUGAAAUUGCCUGAUCUUUUUCCUCGUCAACCUUACAUGACAGUUAAAAAGGUCACGGCUGAGUCAGCGGCAUGUAACUGACCUCAGUAAUGGAAGAAUCAUCCACUUGUGUCAGAUGUGUGACAGUCCUUUUAUAGCAUGCUCACUCUUGUGUAUCAAGAGGAGACACAACAGACAAGUUUUGCCCUCCAGUGUCGGGACAGUUUAUCCCUGUAUACUCUGAAUCUCUCAACCAUUCAAUAGUUCAUACUUUAUUUUGAUAGGACUUCAAAAAAAUUAAAAUACAGCAACAAAAACAUACUACUUGCUACUGUAUUGUCUAAUGGAUUAACAGCUGAGCACAAAUUAUGUAACAUUGCAGAACGUGCAACCUCAGAGUCUGCAGCUGAAGGAUGUCAGACUGGUUUGUUUAGUAUGUCUAAUAUUUGCAGGGUCAGCACCACCAGCCUCUAGUCAUCCGUAAUGGUUGACAUCUGCAUGCUAGUGCUAUGCAUUGUGCCUGUUUAGGGGACAUGUGCCACUUAAACCAAACACAGCCUACAUGAAAUUUGAUCUCCAUUUUCAGAUCAAAAUACUACUAAUCUGCACCAUGCUAUCAUCAAUCAUCUGUGCUUGUUUACAUCUCAGUAGAAAAAAACUAACAGCAUUGUGGCAAUAAUCACUCACAGGCUCAUAUUAAUGAGAGCAGUUUCUUUUGUUACCUCCUCCUCUCCCUCCCUCUUGUGUUUACUUUCCCUAUCUGUAAAUGCAAUUUCGUUGUGCAAAGUUGCAAUGACAAUAAAGACCAUACCAUACCAUACCAUACCAUACCAUAGGAGCAACAGCAAUGUUUGGUAGUGACUGGUUACACUGCAGCUGAGAAGCAACAUAAAUCAGCAUUUUGGGCUUUUAACAAUACAGAUAUUAUCUAAUCUAAUAAGAAGAUAACUUUGACAGUCUCUAGGGUCCUCAGGUCUCAGAGGGUAGUAUUUCUCUGUGUCGGCUGCAUAGCAGUAACAGUAGACUUUGUGGCACAGUGUAAUUUAGCUAAGUGGCAGCAUACUCUAUAAAUAACGAAUAAAAUCGGGCCUAAAACUGAACCUUGCGGUACACCACAGGCAAUGUUUAAUGUUGAGAAGGAGUCAGGGUGCUUCCAUGUCAUCACCCAACGCAGCGUCAUUUCCCAACAUAAAGUCAUACACUGACACACUAAUAUUUGUACUUCAUUUCAGGGUUCAGUGUAGAAGUAGGAAGGUGUAGUAUCUUUGUUUUUAGCCCUGCAGCAGAAUCUCACCAUUAAUGUCGCUGUUAAGGCCUGUUAUAUCAUGCCACUCUCCGUAGAUAGGAGGUCUUUAUUUAUUACUCAGAAAGAUUAACAGGAAAGUUGUAUUUCUAAUCCAUACAGAACAAACAUUCGGCACCAACUAAAACUUUCAUUUCAACCAGCAACCCUGAGCAGAAUGAGACUCAUUCAUAGCCAUUUACUGGGAUUAACAGAUGCAGAAAAGACUUUUAAAAUGUAAGCAUAGAAAGACAUCUUUUAGUAAGUGAGUUAUUAUUUUAGGAACUGCUACAGCGGUAUAAAGAGUGCAUGUGUGUUCUGAUGUGUGUUGUGUGUGUGUGUCAGGUGCACUUGGUUCUGCUGCAGUGGGUCCCGUGGUUUCUGAGGAUGAAACGCCCAGGAGAGGGAGCAGAACCGAUUCUCUCCAACAGCCAGGCCGACUGUCAGAGCAAAACCCUGUCCUCUCCCACCACCACCACAACCACCACCACCACCAUCCACACGCCAUUACCCUCCACCCUCCCGCAGAGCCUCAACUCCCUGCAGGCCAGCCUGGCUCAGCUCAACCACCCCCUGCCCCAGCCGCUGACACACCGCCCCUCGGGCUCCCAGGCUCCUGUGCUCCCCAAUCCCAGCUUCAGAGAUCCCAGUUCACAUCCACAGCCCAACGGUCACCUGCUUUACAUGGGCUUCCAGAGCCUCCAGACGUCUGCAGAGCUGGACCCAGUUCAGAGGAGCAGAACUACAAGUCAUGGGAGGGUUCACAGUGGACCGGGUGGUGGAGAGGGAGAGGGUGCAGCAGCAGCAGGAGGAGGAGGAGGACUGGCUGGGGAAACACCUCUCCAUCACCACCUCCCAUGUUCAAAGUUUGGGAGCCCCCCACAGGAGACUCCACUUUCUCCAGAUCCUGACCCGUCUACUACCUCCCCUGGACCCUGCGGCUUGGAUACUUUGGGUGGAGCGGGGAGAUUGGUGGCUUCACAUAACCACAGCAGUACGACCCGAUCAAUUGCUGUAGAUAACCAGCUGCAGGCUCUUCUGACAGAGGUGCAGUUUUUAGUGGAACGAGUCAGGGAGCAGGACCGGCAGCUCAGUCUGGCCGAGCAGUGGCAAUUUGCUGCUGCAGUCAUUGACCGCUUGUUCCUGGUGGGGUUCAGUGUUUUUAACAUCAUCUGCACCAUUGCUAUUCUCAUGGCUGCACCUAACUUUGGAGAGGCAUUAUCAAAAGACUUCCUCUGACAGAACAAAGAGAGGAUAAUCGAGGAAGAGGAGAACAGGGUUUUUGGGAGUGGGGAUUUGCUGGAAGCACAAUCGCUGUCGUUACACUGAGACAUAAAACAGCAAAAUAUUCCUGGUUGGUACGGUGGAGUGGACCGUGACUGAGCAGCUUUACAUUUUAGUUAUUUUCUUAAUUUGAGAGUUUUUAUGACAGAGAACAAAGCAGAAGAUUUAAAGCUAUUCAUCCUUUUGCACCUGUUUCUGUGUGUUUGUCUUUCUGGAAUGACACGUAAACCCUCAUCUUAAACAAUCCAUAUUUUAAUGAACGGUGAAUUGAAACCUUAAUUAAAAGUUCAACAACAAUGCAACAAAGUUAGAAAGAAAUUAACCCCCAAAUCUGUCUAAAAAGCAGAAAGCAUGGCUCUAAAAAUUUUUAUUACAAUUUCGUACUGCUGUUUUUAAGCAUAACAUGAAGAUGAUCGGAGAGAAAACUGCUGUGCUGCAUGUAAAAACACACAUGAGCUUUUGGGGUCAUGCACGAUCCAGUUCACAUUUUAUUCUCCAAGGGUUUCUUUAAAGCUCCUGUGAGUAACUUUUGGAUUUUGUUAACCUUCGUUCAUCACCUCUUAUCUCUUUUCUGUUUUUUUUCAUGCACAUGUACAAGAUGUGUUUUCAAAAAUCCCAUAUUGUAUUAUUUUAAAUGUCCAACGCACCACCCAUCUUCAGCGCAGGAUUAUCUUUGAAAACUGUUGCUGAACAUGUUGUCAAUCAGCUUGGCAGCAGUGUUUACAAGCAUUAAAAACAACCACAUAGAAAUAAGUCUUCAAGGUGAGCGCAUUGAUUGCUUUUGUACGUCGUGUAAAUGCAUCAGUAUUGUCAGUCAGUUUCUUCACCAGCUAAGAACUCCUCACAGGUCCUUCAUGCUCUGUUAUUAUUGCUGUUUAGUGCCUUUUAUUAUUUAGUAGUGGAGAAUUUUGUGAGGGUUUCUCCAAACAAUACAGACCAGGAUCUCUGUGUGCUGCUUUGUUUUGUUUUCUCUUGAAUAUAAUGAAUAGAUUACUGCUAUCAAGUGCUGAUCUCUUGAAGAUGAUUCUCCUUCAUCAAACAUGGAUGGUUCUAUUCUUUCUAUUGUGAGUGAGUGAGUGAAUUCCCACUACUAUUUUCCCCUGCAUCUUUACAUUGGCUCACUUGACUUCUUCUGAGAUUUCUAAGAACUUCUCAAGAGUUUUGUCGGUAUAUGAAUCAAGCUUAUCUGAGUAAAACAGCCUGAAUGACAUCUACACAUUAAAGGGAUAUUCCAGAGCAAAAUUAGUUUAGGGUCAAAAACACAGUUAACACAGAGUUAGACACCCCCUCGAGAGAUGAAUGCUGCUGACUGCUUGCUUCUCUAGUUAUACCAACUUUAGGAAUGACUGCAGGAUAGCAAUACACAGCAGUCUGAGAAGCCAUAAACAAAACACCACUCUAUAGCCACAAAUAAUGCUCAGAACAGCACCUAACUUCAUCAACAGCACAUAUAGGGCCCUAGCCUUAGCACUAGUCCCCAAACAUCUUUUUAGCUUUGCCUAAUUUCUUUCGCAAAGAGAAUAAACACAAUUUACCCACUCUCUUCCAGCAGCCACUUGUUUGUAGUGAGAACUCGGGACAGUCCAUUAUGGACUACAGCGGGGUGCUGCAGCUCAAGGAAGAACAUUUAUGAUCAUUACUUUAUCAUUUCCUUGAAGUAAUAAUCAUCAUAUUAGUCAUUUUGCACUGCAGACGCAAUAGUUCUUCUGCCUUAGCAUCUUGGUCUGAUUGCAUUUCCAUGAAGAAAUGAUCAUAAAUGUUCUUCCUUGAGCUGCAGCACCCCACUGUAGUCCAUAAUGGACUGGCCUGAGGUCUCACUACAAACAAGUGGCUGCUGGAAGAGAGUGGGUGAGUUGUGUUUAUUCUCUUUGCUAAAGAAAUCAGGCAAAGCUAAAAAGAUGUUUGGUGGUUAGUGCUGUGUCUAGGACCCUGUAUGUACUGUUGAUGAAGUUGGUGCUGUUCUGAGCAUUAUUUGUGGCUAUAGAGCUGCGUUUGGUGGAGGUUUGUUUAUGCCUCCUCAGACCGCUGUGUAUUGCUAUCGUGUGGUCGUUACUAAAGUUGGUAUAACUAGAGAAGCAAGCGGUCGGUCAUAUUCAUCUCUCAAGGGGGUGUCUAACUUGGUAUUACAGUGUGUUUGACCCUAAAUUAGUUUUAUGCUGGAAUAUCCCUUUAAGAUAAAGUCAGUCAUUCAUUUCUGCAGUUAACAAGCACACUUAAAUUUGCUUCAUGCAGCCAUAAUGAUUCUUCUUUUCCUGUCAUAGUUCACUUUCUCUCAAAGUCAGCCCUGCAGAGACACUAAGUCUUAGCUGGCACAGUUUGAAAAUGUACUUGUUCCUUUUUUUUCAACUCUAGGAACCAAAUUUAGCUUCUUUUUUAAAGAUUUGGAUCAAUAAAGGAGGUUCAGACAACACUUUGUCAUAUUACAAGACUUUUAAAAGCCACAUCACCCUUCAAUUAUCCACUUUAAAAUAUCCUACUACUCAAAAUCCCAAAAAUUUUACAGAAAUGUUGGACACUAACAUGUCGAUACACUGCAACAGGCUGAGCUGUGAACAUUGAGAAAUAAACUCUUCUUUUGUACUCUCUAGACAUGCAUCAAGAAGUCUGUUCACUGACUCGCCUCUCUAGGAAUCAAAGUUUUAAAAGAUGACAUAAAAACAGAAGAAAGAAAAAGUCAAGGAGGCAGUAUAGGAGGGAAAUAAGAUCAGGGAAUAUAAGUGCAUUGAAGCACAGCAAUAAAAAGGGGGAAAAGGAAGAAGAUGGCAGAUAGAGAGAUAGAGGGAUGGGGGGGGCUAUGCAGAGGCGCAGAGAAAGAGAGGAAGCAGAUUGAAAGAAAGCACAGAAAGGACAGGGUGGUUACACGCUUGAAAGGAAGAGAGAAGGGAGGGGAAAACGUGCUGAGAUGGCAAAUAGGGGCCAAUAAAGUUUUUAACUGAUUGGUGAUUAAUGAGAGAGGGAGAAGAGAAGGAGGAGGAGGUGGAGCAGGGUGAUACCCCCUCCUUCUUCUCCCCAUCAUUCGCCUCUGGGAUGCUGCUGCUGCUAAACUGUACUUAGAGCAGCAUUUAAGGGUGACUGGACAUAUAUUCUGAGUUGGCAAAGGAUGUCUUUAUGAGAAUUUAUGGUAAUGAUGCUGGCAAGUUUUCCCUUUUGAGAUGAUUGACUGCGAAAUAAUGCAAACACUUUAUGACAGGUGAAUUUGGCUAAUUGCUGUCCUGGCACGGCUGUAGUCGGACUCUCUAAUCCGGAGCCAUUACUUUGGUUGAAACCCCUUUCACUCUCAGCACAGUAUGAGCAGGCGGAGCAGUUUACAGAGCACUUCAGUGGCCUACUGAGAUCCUUUUGUCUCUGUGAUUGCCGGGGCUGCUGAGCAGUGCAAUAUAACCCAGGUAAUAAAUCUAAGGUACUCUCCUCCUCCUGCGGUGACUCAGUCGUCCACCUGCUCUGUUUGGACAGCUCAUGCAGAGCUCACAGAAGCACACCGAGUCAUACAAAGCAGAGCGGGAGUGUAGGAUGCAGGCUUUCGUAUCAAGGGGGCCACUGCAAUGUGUGGCUGCAGCUGUCGCACCCACAUCUAAGGACACGUGAAGCCCACUCACACAUAAAGUGGUAGGGCCAGAAAAAUGCUGCAGACCCAAUACAAGGACCGCUCAUAGUCUUAAAGCUGCCACUAUACCAUAAAGGAAGUCUGAGACACGAGCACACAUAUUUCUCCAUAUUCUACGCACUGGUGCUGAUGCAGAGCUGUCACUGCUGUACAGAGUUUUCUCAUGUGUAAAAAGAAAGACAGAGUAUAACAGAGGGAAGUUGGUUUCAUGUGCUGUAUUUCAACAGACUUUAGAAUAUGUCAAAGAAGUCCACUGCAGUUACCGAGAGAUAUCUCUGACAAAAAGCUCCAUGGUUUUUCAGAUGUAAAGGUUCUUCUUUCCUUUUACCUUUAUUUUAUUUAAAAACACAAGGUUGUAAAUGUUAAAAAUAAAAGCAUAUUUGGAUUACUUACAUUAUUACUCAUCAAAACUCUUCAUUUUCUUAAAAACGGAGCAAAGACAAUGCACCAAACAUUGAAAUGGAAACAUGUUGUGCACGUUUAAAAUUUGAUGCCAGCAGCAGAUAUGGAAAAAGUUGGGAGGGGGGAUGAAAACCUCUGUGUUACAUCAUCUCUUUUUGGAAUCUGAGGAAACCAAGUAGUCAUAAAAAGUUGUCCUGUUUUUGCCUGUUAUAGGCUUUCAGCAGGUCCACAGUUUGUGGCCCCCUGAGUCUUUAUUUUCCUAUACAAUGUGCCAAAUGUUGAAAGUGGGUGGCAAGCUGUGAUAAGAAGGCCAAUUUAGCAUUUAAACUCCUAAACUGUAGAGCUGUGCUGUUGUUAAAAGUGCAAAAUGUUGUUUGGAGUUGCUUUGCUGAAAUGUCUCUGGUCUUCUCUAAAGAAGGUAUGGCCUGGAUGACAGCAUUUGCUGCCCUAAAACCUUUAUUGUUCAUCAUAAAUGAUGUCUCAAUGCUGGUUAUUUAACUGUGCUCUGACAACAAGCCAACAAGCGGCCUCUCUCCUCUUUUGAGCAGAGGGUGCAGCUUCCAUACACUUUCCCCAUAGUCCACCCUAAACAUCUCAAUGUCAUUCACCUAUGCUUUUUGAUCACAAUGCCAUACGUUUUGAGCCCAUGCAGUGAUUUCCACUACAGAGUUGUAUCUUUUUUGAAGCAGUUUCAUCUAAAGAGCCAAAGAUUUCAACCACUUUGUGCGAGUUAUCAGCCUCGUCACUGUUGCACAUAUACUGUAGAAAUUCUGAGUUAUUGGGACAUUAUUCUGACACUGGUGGAUUAAUUGCUCUGGUGAAAUGUUACCCAUCUUCUGACAGACUCAGCCUUCUUGUUCUACAAAAGUGGACUAGGGCGAAGUGAGGGGAAAAAAAUAAUUACAGAAAGGAGAUUAAAGUCGAAAUUUUGAGAUUAAAGUCAAAAUUUCAGGAUUAAAAAAAUCCAAAUUAUGUCAAUAAAGUCAAAAUUUUGAAUUAAAAAAAAAUUCUGAGAUUACAAAAUGUCAUGAAUAAUGUCAGAAUUAGGGAUUAAAAAAAAAUAAUAAUUUUGAGAAUUAAGUCGAAAUUUCAAGAUUGAAGUUGACAUAAAUAAAGUCCAAAUUUCGACUUUUUUAAAUUUUGACUUAAAUCUCGAAAUAGAAAUUAAAAAAUCUCCCUCCUGCAAUUAUUUUUUUCCUCUUCUUGUGGCCCUAAUCCUCUUUCGUAUUUUACACCCAGCUAAGUUUCUAACCUGUUUUUUUUACACCAUACAACAUUUUUUUGUACUUUUUCGAAACAUGUUGCUAGGAUCAGGUUUCAAUUGGCUAUAUGAUUAUAUGAUUUUUAUUAAACAAUAAACUGUUUUAAUCUCAACAUUUGAUGAA